AUGAAUUGCGAAGGGAGGGACGAUGUCGGUCGUCGGUUUUACCGCAGAUGCCAGGAACUCCUGACAGAGGAGAUAGAAGGGCCCUCAAUUACCGCACUUCAAUGCCACAUAUUUUCCGUCAUCUACCUUACAAACGCCUCCUUCUACAACACGGCCCAUAGUACCCUAGCUCUGGCUAUCCGAGCGGGUGUCAUCGUAGGUCUGCAUCUGGAACCCUCUGGUUGCAUGCCUGCCUCCCAAAGAGAGUUCCGCAAGCGAUUAUGGUGGACAUUGUACGCUCUGGAAAUGAAAGCUGCCAUGGAACUAGGACGACCAUUAGUUGUUAAUGUAUCUCAGGUAACCUGCAAUUUGCCAAAGGAUGAUAAAGACGCGACCGGGCUCUCAGAUUCGACUUCCACGUUCACGGGUGACGGGGUUACCGGCUACACUUGGAACUUGCAAUUCAUCAAACUCAUCUUGGCCGCUCGGUCAGUUUAUAUCACCUUCUGCCACAAAUGUGCGGAGAUUUUAAGGAACAAUGGAGGAAACAGUCCAUACAAUGACCCUCAAGCGCUCGAAGUCUGUGCUGAAUAUCUGCUAUCGAGGAUGGAUUUUCUCCAGACGUGGCUUCACGGCGUUCCCGAAUCUUUGAAGAUUAAAAGAAAGGGUACCGGUGAAUUGUUCUCCACCGAUAGGUCCCCUCUUGACCUAAAAUCAAUGUCUCCUUUCUGGCUUCACCGACACAAAUUAUUGUUGGAGUUUCUUUAUCACAAUCUUUCCAUGAACCUGUAUCGACCAUUUAUCUGCUUUUUUCGAGUGUCGGAUGCCUGCACCAAAAUGACCGAUAAUAAUGCAAUGGCGUGUGUUAAUCAUGCCGUCACCAUUACCCAGAUCAUCCACCAAAUCCCGAUUGAAGGCGACGUUCUCGAUGGCUGGCACGAAAUACUCCAGUGGCAAUGGAACGCUAUCCUCUCACUGGUCGGAUACAUAUUGACCUAUCCUCUUGCGCCAUCUACACCAUCAGCUCGCAAGGCCCUCAGUAUUGCGAUACGCGUCUUUGAACUUCUUGAAAGCAACGUUCCCUGUGCCGCCAAUGCCGCCAGUGUGGCAAGGGAUCUCUCGGGCAAAGCAGAUUUUCUCGUUGACCACUUUCGGAGCAAUCUAACCACGCUGACGCCUUCUCGUUGGGAUAAUGGAGACGUGUUGCAGAAAUACGGCAGCGAUUUUAGAAGCCCGAAUUUUGUCUCUCAGCUUGAAGGGCUCUCGCCUGUGAUGGUUCCAAAUGAGCUAGGGUCUCGUUCCCUCAACGAUUUUGCGUCGACGUAUGGCAGUGACACUUUCAUUCCCGAUCUGAAUUGGGAUCCGGAGCUGUCAUUACCAUGGCUUCCUAGCAUGGAAACGAAUGCUGAGUUGGGGUGGAACACUGAAGGGCUUGAGCUGCGCCAGGUGCGUGAAUGGCGGGACUUUUCUAAUGAAGCCUGA